CCUGCCGAAAAACAAGAAAUACUGCUGUCUUUUAAAAAAAGGAAAAACGCUGACAAUAUCAAACCAACCAAUCCAACGAAGGUUACCUUGACGACAUGGAGUUUGGGCAAGAGGUUGCAGUCGGCCAAUGUGAGCUCGUCGCCGUCCAGGUAUUUGCGAGUCGACUCCUCCUUUCCGCCGCCGCGUCCCUCCUGCCCCUCGUCGGCCAGCGGACUCUGCAGAUACUCGUCCAGCUUGGCCAAGGCCUUGUUCAGACUCUUCUCCAAAUCUGGAUGGGACACGUUUCCAGGUCAAAAGGUCAUUAAGUCUUUCAUGUAUUAACUGGAUAUAUCCGACCGGCCACAUGAUGCUCACCUCUGUGCUUAUCCGGUCGUGUGUUUUUCACGUAAGCUGAGAACUUGGCAAAUAUGUCAUUUCCUGCCGUGUUGGAUCCCCGGUUCUUUGCUGCCAGUUUGGGAUACCUAAGAACGGGACAGGAUGUCAGUCAGGGCUGUUUGCUCACUCUUUCUGCGUCCUGGUUGUUGUGUGUUUGAGCGUGAGACCUACUUGGGCGGAGCCAGCAUGGCCUCCAGAUGCUCCUCCACCUUGUUGACGUCGGUGAGAACCUCCCCCUGGAAGGUGAGGAAGGGCGGGUGAGUCCCCGGGGCCAGGUUGUGCAGGUCGGCCGGUUUCCUUAUCAGAGCGGGAUCAUUUUACAACCUCAUCCACGUACAGUACGGCGUGAUGAAUUACAGUUUUCAAUAUGAGUGUUAAUGUUAAAGCUGUGAGGAAAGAAAUGAUCCUCUUCUCUGUCUUUAUUCUGCAGUUUAUUCUGUAUUAAACUUGCAGCAUAAUUAAACAGAUAAAGCUGCUCUUAGACUUUCUGCUAGCUGUUUGAAAGAUAAGGUCUAAAAACAAACACAAUCCUUUUGUUAAACUAACUCAAAUGCAUUAAUUUGGUAGAAUAUCAUGGGACUUUCCAGUACAAAUAGCAAAUUCAUGGAUGUUUUGGUUUAGGCAAUGGUCAACUAGGACUGUUAAAGAAAACCCUACAGCUGAUAUCUUUCUCUUUCCUUUAUUCUUUCAGCGUUCUGCUCCAAAAUACUAGUGUUGAUAUGAUAUUAUAAUCACCUCUUGAGGUCGACAGUGGUGACAUUGAAGACGACCCCCUUCAGCCAGAGGAUCAUGAAGAGGCGCUGAGAGAACGGACAGUUUCCAAUGCUCUCGCCAUCACUACCGGCCUGCUCUGGCUUCUCCUCGGCUCCCUCCUUCUCUGAGGCUGAUGAAGACGAUGAAGAUGAUGAUGAGGACCUGCGUGAUGACUUUCUGCCAUCCUCCUCCACUUCUGGAGACCCCCUCUCACACACAAGGUCAUUUCAUAUACACCUGACGACUGGUUCUGGUAGAGCUCCGGGGCCUCGUACACGUUGUCCAUCCUGGGUGAGAGACGUCGUCCUGGGACGGCGUAUAGCAGAGUGACGGUGGUGCCAACAGUGUCUACCUUAUCAAGAAGCACCCCAGGACUUUGGACAGGGAUGGCAGAAGGAAGUCCAUUCAAGCCUAGAAACUGGAGUAAACAGAGAACUUGUCUGUCGCGUGUGGAGCGACGAUCCUCCAUCGGCGACAGGAUGCUGCUUAAACUGCUGCUGGGCUUCCUGUGCGGCGUCGCAGCGUUGGCCUCGGACGACAGCGACGCGGCUCAGCAGGGCCCUCUGCCGCUGCUGCUGGUGUCCUUCGACGGUUUCCGAGCGGACUACCUGCGGAGGUUCCCCAUGCCCAACCUGAAGCUCCUGUACAGCCAAGGGGUCCUGGUGGAGCAGCUCACCAACGUCUUCAUCACCAAGACUUUUCCCAACCACUACACCCUGGUGACGGGGCUGUACGCCGAGUCUCACGGGAUCGUGGCCAGUAACAUGUACGACCCCGUCAGCGGGAAGCACUUCCAAGUCGGCAGGGACAAGGACCCCAUGUGGUGGAACAAGGCCCGGCCCCUGUGGGUCACGGCGCUGGACUCUGGCUACAAGACGGCGGCCAUGAUGUGGCCCGGCUCCGACGUGGUCAUCGGCAACCGCACGGCGACGCACUUCUUGGCCUACGACGCUUCUGUGACAUUCAAGCAACGGCUCGGGAACAUUACGAACUGGAUGUUGGGAAACGGAAAGGAGCAAGGAGUGAAGUUUGCGGCCCUCUACUGGGAGGAGCCUGAUCGGACGGGCCACCUGUUUGGCCCAGAAAACACCACUGCCAUGAGGAAGGCGCUGAAAGAGGUUGACGACGACAUCGGCCUGCUGAUGUCGGAGCUGAAGCAGACCGGCCUCUGGGGUCGCGUCAACGUCCUGGUGACCAGCGACCACGGCAUGGCUCAGUGCUCAACCGAGCGCCUCAUUCGGCUGGACGACUGCCUCCACCCUGACAACUACACACUGGUGGACCUCUCAGCUGUCACAGCCCUCAUUCCACGUAAAGAUCCUGAGGCCGUCUUCGCCCUGCUGAAGAAGUGCCACGCCCACAUGACGGCGUAUCUGAAGAAGGCCAUCCCUGAUCGGCUGCACUACCAGAACAAUGAACGCAUCCAGCCGAUCAUACUGAUUGCUGAUGAAGGCUGGACCAUAGUGCAGCAUGGGAACAAGCUGCCCAGAUGCGAUCACGGCUACGACAACUCCCUACCCAGCAUGCAUCCCUUCAUGGCAGCGGUGGGGCCCAGCUUCCGUCAGGGUUAUCGAAUCAGUGAUUUGAACAGUGUAGACAUUUACCCCCUCAUGUGCCACCUGCUGUCGGUGCCCCCGCAGCCCAACAACGGCAGCCUGACCCAGGCCCGGUGCCUGCUGGAGGCCGAGAGCUUCGGGGACGCCCCCCUGUUCGUCAGCCUGGUGGCCGGCAUCUUCCUUGUACUUGCUACAGUCGUUUUUCUUUUCAGGGGGCUGAGGAAAUGUCGCCCGUUGCGCUCUCGGCGUUUCCGGAGACUUCCGAUUGACGAUGACGACGGCGAAGAAGAACCCCUGUAUGAGUGAAACGGUCGCCACACACUGGUCUGUGUCACCUGUUUGAGCUGCAAUAGGUACUUUGCACUUAACCCACUCAGUCUCCUGCCCCCCAGCUGACACACCCCCAUGGACACACAGUAGAGAGACCUGUUGUUUAUGAAGCCUUCAGUCCAGCUGACCCCUGGGGCUGUAUUCAUAAAGCCUUCUAGUACACAGAUGACGUUUUUACACUGGAAUUGACACUGUCGUUAAUAAGCUGCACUUAAUUCUUCAACGCCUGCCUCCCUGCCUUCGCUGUGACACCAGGCUUUGAUGGUCUUGCUCUCUAUCGGAGGCAACAAUAAUCAUUGGUCCAUAGACUGUAUAUAGAGAUGGAAGACGUGUCUCCUCCAAAAAGCCAAAAUAUCCUGGAACCGGGUGCCGCCAUCUUGCACUUGUGACGUCGUUCAGAGCCAGAAUCUGCGCAGUGGUGAGGGAGGUCCCGCCGAUACACGAGCUCGACCAAUCGCACGUGGGGCUCCGCUGUCAAUUAUGACGUUUCACCACAUAACUAAUCAAAAACAAACAUACCGUAAUAAAUGAACACUUACUCUAGAGUGAUGGGAACAACCUGAAAUGACCGAGCCAUUACGUUAAUAAACAUGACGAUCAGCACGUGAACUGGCCGGUUUCAAAACGUUGGCUCUCAUUUACUGUGGCAGGUGUCAUCAUACCUAGCAAUGGGGUGAAUAUUCUCAGAAUGUUUGUGAAUACAGCCCCAGAUCUGUACACUGGUGUAAAAACAGCUGUAGGACAUAGUGAAUACUACAGUAAACAGUGACUCUUCAUAAUGUUACUGCUUUUUACAAGAGACUUAUGACAAGAAACCAGUGGACCUAUCUUGUUUUGAGGCUUUUUUGUUUGAGAUGAUUAUUUAAGAGUUUUAUUUAAUAUUUUUGUGGGAACUGUGUUUAUAGAAAAUUUAAUUUCAUGAUUUUUUUUUUCUUCUUGAAAUAAUCUCAAUAAUACUUUUAUCCUCCCUGUUUCUAUAUUUUCAAGCUGAAACACGGAAAACUGAAUUUCUAGAAAAUAGGAAAAAAAAAUCCAAAAUGCCACAGUGAAGUAAAAUGAUUUUUCAAAGGGGGAGUUUUAUGCAAAUUGUUUAUUGUUAUUAUGUUUGUCAAAUAUGAAUAUGACUUGUACCAAAGAUAUUUGUUACGAUGCACAACAGAUGCUAAACAGAGACAUUAACCAUCUUUUUUUAAAAGGACUCAUACAAAGGAAUUUGGAUCAUAAAAUAAAAGUAAUAUAAUAGUUCAGGUGGGUAACACACUGGCCUGCAUAGAUUUUAAAAACAGUACAAGAUCAAAUUUGAUAAUCAUCUGGUGUCUGCGGAGACUGAGCAGCUGCAGAUUCAGUGUCUGGCUCCAGGUCACGUGACCGUUUGCAGGGACCCGUGGAUCCGAGUGUUACUGAAAGUCACAUUUACAGUACGUGACGAUGAGAAUUUAAAGCACACGAGUCCCGUGAUAUUUCCUAUUUUUCUAAUUAUAAAUUACAUCCAUUGAAAGACCAAAACCAACACUGAAUUGAUUGUGUGUGUUUCCAAAGCUUGAUCAUUCUUCCAAAGCAGCAUUGUGCUGCAAUGUUACUUUUUCAUCUUUAACACAAACAUACAAACUAACACACUGCAGUUUAUUAUUCUUUUUGAAUAGAAUAAUGUAUUUUUAACCUGUUGUCUGUUGUUAAGAUUCUCGUCUCCAGUAGGAACCAGUGGACUUUGGCCUGAGAGCCACGAAGACAGAUGUGACAUCAAUCAGGACUAAUGCAUCAUUGGAUUUUGUCUUUUCAUAGGAUUUGUUGACAUUUUUUUUUAUUUUUUUAGUUGACAUAUUUAUAAUAUCACUUGGUUCUACAACCAUACAUUUCAACUCGUGAUAUGUGCACUGUUCAUGUGUGUGUGUGUAAUUGUGCCUCGUUCUACUGAAACAAGAGAAGAGAAAAAAAGUCCACAUCCAAACUCCAUUGUUUUGAACAUUAAUAUGUAAAAGUACUCGCGUUUCCUCGAAGUAAUCACAAACGAGACCACGGUCAACACGAUGAACUCGGCCUUGUCUCACUCUAAUUGACAUUAUUGAAUUUCAAAACUAUAUUUGCCACGACUACAAUGAAUGUUGGAGCAGUGAUCUUUAGUGUUUCUCUUCCUUGUCUGUGCUGUAAAACAGCAUCAUGUUGUGUCAUAAAGCAAACGCAGCGACAAGCCUGAUGCAGUACAGAGGCAGCGAGUCUCAAAUAGAUUGUCACAUCUUUUAUGGUUAUCGUACUUUUCAUGUGUUGGAUGUUGUUGUCCUGGUUUGAAAAGUGGUUCAGUACUAUGCAAUUUCUUUCUGGUUACAAAUACCUUUUUUAAAAUUAAUAAAUCUUUUUUUGAAAAUCA